AUAGGUCACGGAUUUUAUCCUGUUCUCUGUGGCAUUGCCUGCUUUUCCGGUAAAUUUGGACAUAGAAUAAGGGUUCGUGACACGAAUACGUGUUGUUGGAAGAUUUUCAUCGCUUAUUUAUCUUAACAACGGUUUCCUAUGAGCAUCAUUUUGGCUUCCAGUGGUAGAGAAUAGCAUCUUUGGGCGGCCGAGGUUGUAGCUGCUGAAGACGGCGCCAAGAGAAGAUCACCAGGCUGAAUCAUUGCAAACGUUUGCCACCGGAAUUUAUUCCUUGUGAAAAGGCCAAACUACCUUCCAAAUGGCGUCGGGAGUCAAAGUGGCGGAUGAAUGUAUAUCAGCUUACCAGGAGAUCAAAUUAGGGCACAAAUGGCGAUAUGUGAUUUACAGACUUUCUGAUGAUCUCAGAACUGUUAUAGUUCAGGAAAGAGCAGGAAAAAAUAAGUCUUACAAUGACUUUGUGGAGACCCUCCACGAAGCUGAGCAGAUGAAGCAGUGCCGUUAUGCUGUAUACGAUGUGGAAUAUAUGCACAAUGAUAUGCAGAGAUCAAAACUAGCUUUCUUUUUAUGGAGUCCGGAGACGGCCACAAUUAAACAGAAGAUGGUUUACACAAGCACUAAAGAUGCCUUGAAACAGAAGCUUGUGGGUCUAGGUGUAGAGAUCCAGUCAACAGAUGACACGGAGCUAGCACUUACCUAUAUCCUGGAAAAAUGUAAAGACAAGUCUUUUUGAGUGAGGCGGCGUUUUGUGAUGGCAGGUUGAGUUGUUGCAUAAUGACAUGCAGAUGUCCUCAUGUGGACAGAGGUGAACUGGAAUUGUCUGUUCAGACAUCACCUCAGACGACAAAAGACAUUGGAUUUUAUACCACACAUACAGCCCACUGCUGCUCACUUUCUUUGGUUUUUACUCAUCAUCUUGAGAAAUAUUUUAGGGAAAAACAAAAAAAUGUGCAUGUUAUUUUUUACAGGGUCUAAUAUGCAUCCAAGCCGUACUGAUACUUACAGUGGAAGUAGCAGUGAAUGGAGUGCUGUUUCAUGAUGAGACUGCGAUUAUAUUACUGGUGAGUGUGUACAGGUAUCGUUGUCACGCUCACAGCUAGCUAAGGGGUGACAGUGCUAAUCUAAUGGCUUAUUGGUGUCAGCUUUACCACACCUGUACACACAUUUGGUUGUACUCUCCUAAUCUUUAGUAACGUAUUUUGUGUUCUUUAUCAAUACAGUUGUUAUGUUUACCUUUUUAUUUAUUGUGUUGCUUUCUGUCUCAGUUGUAGCCUCAUAAAUUUAUGUUAUUAUUUUAGACUGUAUUAAUUAUGUGUGGCAAACUGUCUGACACACUGUGCUGUGUAAAUACAGAAAUCGUGGCUUCUCCUCACACAUGCAUGUGUAAUAAAGUGCUCGGCAGAUUUGUCUGGCCAACCUAUUAAUGCCUUCUGCAGUUGUAAAAGACAUCAUUAGAUUGCGUUAUUGAGAAGAAAGAAUUAGAAGUUUUGAUUUAAACAAAAAGUUGAAUAUGAAACCAUUAUUUGGCACACAAAGAACUGAAUGUAAACAGAAGUAAGUACUUGUAUUUGCUUACAACUGUUAAAACAUGUAAGUGUAUGGCGUAAGUCAUUAGAGAUAGUUACCAUUACUGAUGCUGAUGGUAGAAGCCAGGGUAAGCUGUUUUGUAGUGCUGCCUAAUGAAGGUCGUCGCAGGAUAUCUUUAUAAUCACCAGCUUGAGUGCAGUUGUGUGGAUUUAUGUCCUUAAAAGUGAUUGGUUGUUUUUGUACUGUUAUCAUUCUAGUCAUUCUGCAGAAUUUACUUAUGUUGUGUUGUACUUAUGUCUGUUUUAACACUAAAACUCUGAUUGUGGUGGAAAAUCUGCUGACACUCCAGCAAGUUUAGGUAAACACUGAUCCACCACAUGAGAUUGGGUAUUACUACUUACCUGUACAUGUAUGUCUAGAUACAUGUACAGGUAAGUCUAAAUAGCUGCCAGUACAUCUACAUCUAUGUACAGGUGCAUUCACCUUUAGACUUUAGCACAAUAUUUGUUACCUCUCCAGGUACUUGUACUUUCCAGCAGAAAUGCAUGUCAACCAAAGAAUGAUAUAGAUCUGGUGUCUGGACAUUUCAUGUAGUAUCAAUUAUUGUGAUCAUGUGCUUAUUAUGUACACGUAUAUACUUAAUGUUAACCUGAUGUGACAAGAGAAACGGAGUAAAUAUCCUGCAAGUGAUGGAGCUAUUUGUGAUAUUACAUGCGGUAAUUGGUUCAUAAACGAAAUUAUCAUUUAAUACUGUUCCUAGUGUUUACUGCUAUUUUUCAGUACGUCUGCUGAUCUCUGAUGUGUUUUAUUCAGUUUUGAAGCCUGGUGUUCUUAAUUCAGUCGUGCAAGUCAUUUGAGCUAUGAAAGUCUUCCAUGUGUCAACCUCCCAAACUGUAUUGUCUCCCUUUCUGAGGUGAAAAGGAUAGCAUUGACGACUAUGCAACACACACGACCAUAAUCCAUCAUCAAUGUAUAAAUGUUCAUUUUGUUUUGUAUUAACUGUUAGAAAACUAAAAAGAACUAGGCUCUGCAUAAAGGGGAAUUGUUUGUAAGUAGACAUGGCAGGAGGUUUACUCUAUUAACACAUGUAUACCCUGUAUCUACCAGAACUUCCAAGUGUUUUCAUUCACUUAAUAUAUCAUAUAUGGAAUGCUUCUGUAUUUGAUUGUAAGGAUGCUAUAUCAUUAACAGUAUUUCUACUAGAGGUUGUUGCUGUGAUGCCAUAUUCAGACUUUUAUUGCAUUUUAUUUUUUCUUGGGAACUUUUUGUUCUUUAAAUGAUUUAGAUAUGUGGCUUGUAAAGGCACUGUAUUUCUGUAUUUUAAGUAAGAUCUCCCUCUCUUAGUAUUUCACGUCCAUGGAAUGACAUUCUGCUACCGUUUCUGUGUACCUUGAUAAGUGUAAACGUGUACAAAUCCUGUUUAUUAUGAACAGCUUAAGCAUGUGUGUCUGUGGAACUAGAUAGGACUCGGCUCAACUCAGUCAGCUAACGUACUUUGUUACAUGGUGUUGGUGACGUCAUAGAUGAUGUUGGAUGUGAAUGAUAAGACAUAAGAUCUGGCCCAGUAGCUGAUGGGUGGAUUUGAGUCAUCGUGGGAUUUAUUCCUGAGUAAAAUAAACUGCCUAAUGUGCACAAUUCUGUUCUCAUGCCUGUCUCACAUCAAGGCAUUGUCAGGAUUAGGCAAGUGUAAAACCUGCCCUGCAACUCAAGUAUUUCUCGUGGUUAUUUUUUUUCUGUCUGAUUUAUACCGCUGAUAUUUGUACCUUUUCACCUGUAGAAUUCUUUUGUUGUUUAGAAUGUAGUAUUCCCAGAACAUGGACAUGUAUUAUACAAUACUGUAUUUCUACAUGUUAGGAUGAUGAACUUGUGCCAAAAGAGAUUUUGUAAGAAGCAACUUUGCCUGAUUGGCAUCAUAUCAAACCAGUGAAAUAGGAAUAAAGGAUACUGCUGUCAGUCUUGUUGACAUCA